AUGAAAUCCUGGUAUCGAUGUUUAUGUAUACUGUUCAUUUUUAUCCUCUAUUUCCGAUUUACUACGGCUUAUCCUUCAUCAAGUAUACAAGAACAGCGCAGUUUUCUUCUUUGUCAUUUAUCUCCAGUAUCAUGCAAGCGUAGUUUGUCUGAUACAGACGAAACUGAAAAUUUAUUGAAAACGAAUAUUAAUGAUAAACUUCAAAUGUGUUUUGGUUUAAAUAGACCAUUUUGGUUUUGUUUCGACAAAUUAUUAUUGUAUGGGCUGCAACACAAGAAAAAUCAAUAA